AUGUGGCUGGCGAAAAACAAUAACGUGGGAAUCAAGGAAGGAGGAUCCACUGGAGCUGUGGCUGUUGCUAUAGACAAAGACAAAAGUAGCCAACACGCUCUUAAAUGGGCCGUUGAUCAUUUGUUGCAGAGAGGCCAAUCUGUUAUCCUCGUCCAUGUCAAGCUUCGACCUUCUCCUUUAAACAACAACACCCCUUCUCUUCAUGCUUCCUCUUCAAAGCUGACCCAAGAUUCUUCAUUAGUCUGCAGAGAUCCAGAAGGCGCUUCCAAGGAGAUCUUCCUUCCUUUCCGUUGCUUCUGCACCCGCAAAGAUAUACAAUGCCAAGAUGUAGUGAUUGAGGAUUUCGAUGUAGCCAAAGCAUUAGUCGAAUACGCAAACCAAGCCGCCAUUGAGGUUUUGGUGGUUGGUUCCUCCAACAAAGGUGGCUUCCUCAGGUUCAACAAACCUACAGAUAUUCCUGUUGCCAUAACCAAAACAGCUCCUGACUUCUGCACGGUUUAUGUCAUAUCCAAAGGAAAGAUUUCGACAAUGAGAUCAGCUUCUCGCUCUGCACCCACUAAUUCUCCUCUACGCAGUCCCAUUCAACCACCUAGCUUAAGGCCACCUCAACCUGUGCCAUCUACUUCCAAUAACAUGCGAGCUGACAGACAGUCUUUUGAGUCGCAACGCCGGUCCAUGGAGGAUCGCAGGUCUGUGGAGGAUCGCAGGUCUGUAGAGGAUCGCAGGUCUGUGGAGGAUCAAUCAGACUCAUUCAGAUCUCCUUUUACUAGAAGAGGGUAUGGGAGAUCAUAUGGGGACCUGUCUGUUCCGGAAUCAGACAUAUCCUUUGUCAGUUCCGGUAGACCGAGCAUUGACCGUAUGUUCCCUAAUCUAAACGACAUGAAUGAUCCAAACCGAACUCCUCCUAGGCUGUCUAAUUUCUCUGACAUGGACUAUGGUUCUAACUUUGAGUCCUCCUCCAACUAUGGAAGGAGAUCAGUGGAUGUAAACUCACCUACUGAUCUCUCAUCUGGUUCUUUUGAGAAUGAAAGAUUCUCAUCAGCAUCAGCAAUGGAUGAUGUAGAGUCUGAGAUGAGGAGGCUUAAACUGGAGCUGAAGCAGACAAUGGAAAUGUACAGUACAGCUUGCAAAGAAGCACUUACAGCAAAACAGAAGGCCACCGAGCUUCAACGUUGGAAGUUAGAAGAAGAGAGGAAACUGGAAGAGGCGAGACUUGCAGAGGAAGCAGCAUUAGCCAUCGCAGAGAAAGAGAAAGCAAGGUCAAAAGCAGCUAUGGAGGCAGCUGAAGCAGCUCAGAGGAUAGCUGAACUAGAGUCUAAGAAGAGAGUCAACGCAGAGAUGAAAGCUCUCAAGGAGUCUGAGGAGAAAACAAAGGCACUCACCGCUUUAGCUAACUCUGAUGUAAGGUACAGGAAGUACUCCAUUGAGGAGAUUGAAAGUGCAACAGAGUUUUUCGCUGACAAGUACAAGAUUGGAGAAGGUGGCUACGGACCUGUCUACAAAUGCUAUCUCGAUCACACUCCGGUGGCUGUUAAGGUUCUCCGUGCUGAUGCAGCUCAAGGAAGAUCUCAGUUUCAACAAGAGGUUGAGGUGUUGAGCAGCAUCAGGCAUCCUAACAUGGUUCUACUUCUUGGAGCUUGUCCUGAAUGUGGAUGUUUAGUCUACGAGUUCAUGGCCAACGGGAGCUUAGAAGACCGCCUUUUCAGACUAGGCGACAGCCCGGCUCUCUCGUGGCAGAUGAGGUUCAGGAUCGCUGCAGAGAUAGGCACUGGACUCUUGUUCCUGCACCAGGCUAAACCAGAGCCUCUGGUGCACCGUGAUCUCAAACCGGGGAACAUCUUGCUAGACCGUAACUACGUCAGCAAGAUAUCUGACGUUGGUUUAGCGAGAUUAGUCCCACCAACGGUUGCAGACACGGUGACACAGUACCGCAUGACGUCAACCGCUGGGACGUUCUGUUACAUCGACCCGGAGUAUCAGCAGACAGGAAUGUUGGGUGUGAAGUCUGAUAUCUACUCCCUCGGCAUCAUGUUUCUGCAGUUGAUAACGGCAAAACCACCGAUGGGUUUAACUCAUUAUGUCGAGAGAGCACUUGAGAAAGGGAGUUUGUCGGAUUUACUCGAUCCAGCUGUUACUGACUGGCCAGUUGAGGACACUUCUGAGUUUGCUAAGUUAGCGCUGCAAUGCGCAGAGUUGAGGAGGAAAGACAGACCUGAUCUUGCUAAAGUUAUAUUGCCAGAGCUCAACAGAUUAAGAACACUCGCUGAUGAAUCUGAGCUAGUCUCUCAAUAGCACCGUACCAUUCUCCAAGCCUCUCUACACACAAGAAGAGGCAAUCUUACAGGACUGAGAUAUAUAACUUGGAGGUUUACAGUUUUUAACUAAUGUAGAUAAAAAAUGUUUUAAAAUAUGCUUAUGAAAAUGGGAAACUCAAGAACUUGCAUGUUCGUAGUAUAAGGAGAUGCAGUAGAGUUUCUUUCACUUGUAGAUAAAAGUGUUUCAAAACUGUACAAUCAUUCUUGUAAUCUAAGUUAACCCAUAUAUUAAAAGAUCAUAAGCUCUUAUUGAUCUAAAA